CUCCGGAGAAGAAGAGGCAGUCUAGCUGCUGAUAAAACUUUGUUGCUUUGAGAUUUAUUUGGGAACCAAAUUUCUUACAUCUUGAUUUAAACAUUUACGGAGGACCACAGGCGACUUUUAAUUUGGAAGAAACUUUAAUGUGACUCCUCCUGAUCCAUGAAGAUGUGAUUUUUGAAGAUGCGUUAGCCUUUAUUUUACAUCUGUGCACUGCAGCUACACACUGGAGCAGAACAUAGACAUCCUGAACACGUUUCAUCUGCUACGGGUGUUCUCAGGAGUUAAACAGAUUUCAUGGAGAAGACACUGACAAUAGGUCUGACUCUUUUCUUGACGCUGUGUGUGGACAUAGCAGCAGCAGGAGGGAAGAAGGAGGGGGCUCAUGGCGAGGACACUCAGACACGUUCAUCCCGGUCUUCAGAUAUAAAAGGAGGCCGUUGCUCCUACACUUUCAUUGUCCCACAGCAAAAACUGACAGGUGCGCUGUGUUUGAACACACAGUCUGCCUCUAUCAACCAGUCAGAGGUUGCAGUGCUGCGGGCGGAGCUCAGGCGGCAGCAGGAGCAGCUGGAGAAGCUCCAAGGCCAGCUGGAGCAGGAAGGGUCCCUUGCCAUGGAAGUAAGAGCCCUGCGCAAAGAGAGUAACAGCAUGAAUUCUCGCAUUGCCCAGCUCUAUGCCCAGCUUCUACAUGAAGUCAUACAUAAGAAAGACCAGGCUUUGGAGCAGCGAAGGGUGGAGAACCUCCUGCUAAAUGCUACAACACAGGCACUGCAGGUCUCCAGUAACUACAGGGAGCUGGAGAAGAAAUAUGGAGCCCUCACGUCCAUGAUGAGCUCCCAGAACCAGUUUAUUGCCCGUCUGGAGAAGCAGUGCCAGUGCAGGGAGUCCACCCAGCCUGCUCUGGUGACGACUGAACCACCAAAAACCCAGUCUAAUGUGCAUCCUAAUUACAGCUCUGAAGCCAACGAGAUGACAAAUGAUGUUCAAAGGGACCAAAGUGCUCUUCCACCACAGCAGGAAAAAACACUUCCUUCCCUCCCCAACACCACAGCCAACACCACUACAGACCCUCCUUACAUUAGUUUCCCUGUCACAAAGACCCCAGGGCCGUGGCGGGACUGCCACCAUGUGCUCGAAUCAGGUGAGACCACCAGCGGGAUCUACCUGCUCCGUCCACAGAGUGCCAAUCGCCUCCUGCAGGCCUGGUGUGAGCAGAGUCGGGCUCAGGGAGGGUGGACGGUCAUCCAGAGGAGACAGGAUGGGUCGGUCAACUUCUUCAGGACUUGGGAGCAGUAUAAGCAAGGCUUUGGGAAUCUAGACGGGGAGUACUGGCUUGGCCUUGAGCACCUCUACUGGCUGACUAAACAAGCCCAGUAUAAGCUACGGGUGGCUAUGGAGGACUGGCAGGGCCGGCAGGUGUUUGCUGAGUAUGACAGCUUCCACCUGGAACCGGAGAGUGAUUGGUACCGACUCCGGUUGGGACAAUACCACGGCAACGCAGGGGACUCCCUCUCAUGGCACAACAACAAGGCCUUCACCACUCUGGAUCGAGACAAGGACAGCUAUACAGGCAACUGCGCACAUUACCAGAAAGGAGGCUGGUGGUACCACAUGUGUGCCCACUCCAAUCUGAAUGGUGUGUGGUAUCGGGGCGGACACUAUCGCAGCCGCUUCCAGGAUGGAGUCUACUGGGCGGAGUUCCACGGAGGGUCCUACUCUCUCAAACGAGUUACCAUGAUGAUCAAACCCUCAUAACAUAUUAGCAUUGUGGACGUGUGAGAAUGGAGCAACCAAUAAUUAAAUAACUUCCUGAAAAUGUGAUGAAAUUUGCACUUAAUGUGAUUGAAAUGUAAUAACUUGACCAAUAAUGUAAUAUAAUGCUGACUGAUAUUUUAAAACCAUUUUUACAGACAAUGAAAUGACCUAUAGGUGGGUCUCUUUUUUAAACGGAUGUUUUAAUAAUUUUGUCAUGUUAGCCGUUUAGUUGGCAGUAACACUGAACACUGACUUCAUGUUUAGAAAAGUGGACUCUAGCAUUAGAAUUUGAAAUUUACAACAGGUGGGCUGGUGCACUGUUACCAGGCAAAGAUGGUAAAUUAGCAAAAUCCCAAUCAGCUGGGAAUGAACCUGCCCAUAGCCCUGCUGAUAGGUUGUUGUGUAACGAUUUAUCAUUAAACCAGAGUAGAUCUGAGAUAAGACACCACCAGAAGACGCAAACGAGCAAUGGAGGCAAAACAGCCACUUACAUUAUCUGUCAAAAUUAUUUCCAUUAAAAUUAUUAUUAUAAAUUAUUAUUCUGAUUACCAUUAAAAAUGACCCACCUGUAUGGUACUACAUAGGGGAAAAAACAAUAUUACAAUAUCAGUCAGGCAGUGUUAAUUUAGUUGGUGAAAACUAUGACUGAAAUUUUUUUUCAUAAUGAAAACGAGACAAUGACGAGCUAAAAAUAGAUCUUGAUGAUAAAAACUAAGACAAAAUCUAUGCUUCAUUUUCGUUGACAAGACGAGACGUGAUUAAAAUGUUCAUGGUCGACUAUCAGACAUUGGAAACUGAGAGCGGACAUUUAUCUUCAAAUGCCGCGUGAGCAACAGCCUGGCAAACUCCGGUAAAUAUUCUGCCCCAGGAUGUUCUGCUAGCCAGCAAAAAUACUCAGGGUGUAUGCUGAAUCGCAUACUUUUUCUUUCUACUCUUAGUACGUGCAGCUGCCCUUAAAAAGUACAUGCUGUUGUACACACUGGGUGUUUCUCAAAGUCAAGGAAGGUUCCUCCAACGGCCAAAUUUCAAGGAGGCUAUGUCAUCGACCCCCGACGAAGGACUGUUCCAAUGUCAAGGAUCCUUCUGAAUUUCACCAAGGACUGAGUCCUUCUUUCAGAGAAAUUCCGAGGAUGCAUGUGUGUAUCCUCAGUGGGUAUAAAAUCCCCACAAUGCUUUGCAUACGGUUUGCUGGAAGUGAAACCUGCACCAGCGAAGCUCGGCAGGAUUUAGAUAACUAUGUCAUUUAUUUGGAUUAAUAUCGCCACGAGUUUUUAAUCAUACAAGCAUGAAAAAAAGUAUUGACAGAAACCUCAGAAUUUACACUUUCCAAUGUGUCCACUG